AUGAGUAUUUGGCUCUUUAUAAUCAUCAUUGGACAAGUGUCGGCUCUUUCUUAUAAUCUGCCGAAAUUUUGUUCAAACGCAUCAUGGGAUUUAAAUGCAAUUACUUUUACAAAUAUCAGUACAGUUACCGGAGCUCCUUUGGCUAUUUUUAUCAAUACUAAUGACACAAUCUAUGUUGUUGAUCGAGCAAAUAAUAAAAUUCAGAUAUGGUUCAACAAUAGUAUCGGUCGGACACAAACAAUUCACGGUAAUUUUUCAGCAUCUUUUUCUAUUUUUGUUACAACUAAUGGUGAUAUAUAUGUUGACAAUGGAGCAUUCAACCAUCGAGUAGAUAAAUGGACAUUAAAUGGAAACAUUAGUGUUUCUGUCAUGUAUGCUAGUACACCGUGCUUUGGUCUCUUUGUUGAUACCAAUGAUACUCUUUAUUGUUCAAUGUAUUUGCUUAAUCAGGUUGUCAAAAGAUGGUUGAAUGAUAAUUCUAGCACAUUAACAACUAUUGCUGGUACAGGAACUGCUGGAAAUACCUCGUCUAUGCUUCAUAAUCCUUGUGGUAUCUAUGUUAAUACCAAUUUUGAUUUAUAUGUAGCAGAUUAUUUCAAUAAUAGAAUACAAUUAUUUCAGUCUGGACAAUUAAAUGGAACCACAGUAGCCGGAGCAGGAUCAUUAAAUACUACAAUUACACUCAAUGGACCAGGUGCAAUUAUUCUCGAUGCUGAUAAUUAUCUUUUUAUUGUGGAUUAUCUCAAUAGUCGUAUUGUUGGAUCAGGACCAAAUGGUUUUCGUUGUUUAGCUGGAUGUUCUGGUUCAUCUGGUUCAGCGCCCAAUCAGUUAUCAAAUCCUGCUACUCUUAGCUUUGAUAGCUAUGGCAACAUGUUUGUUACAGAUUUAGGAAAUAGUAGAAUUCAAAAAUUUAUACUAUCAACAAAUCCCUGUGAUGAAAUAACAUCAACAGUUACAUCAACUACAACAGUUAAUCCAACUACAACAGUUACAUCAACUACAACAGAAAAUCCAAAAGAUAAAAAUCAAUAUAUCAUUAUGAUUUAUAAAACUCCAUAUCCAUCUCUUAUUUCAUUUCUUAUUCUAAUGAUUGGAUGUAUUCUUUUUACAAUGUCAACAAUAUAUACUUUAUAUAAAGUUCAAUAUAGUGACAAAUGGAAAUGUAGUCAAUGUUUACAAAUUAGUCGACUUAUUAUUGGUUGUGGUGUUACAAUAACAUUACUUUUUGGUUUAUGCUCAGUGUUCUUAGCAAGUAUAUUUAGUGGAAAAUCGACUAAAAAAAAUUUUUGGAGUUAUAGAAAAAAUAUUUGUGCUAGAAUUUUAAAUGGUUUUUUUUUAAUUAUUACAUUUCUAUUAACAAUUUCAUGGUUCGGAAUUGUUUGUCUUACAUUUAUUCCAUUCUAUGGACUUUUUUAUGUUUAUUUUCUCGUAUGUAAUAAUCGAUAUGGUACAGCGAGUGGUAGUUUUGUAAACAUUCUUAAUGAAAUGAAUCAAUAUGCACAUCGAUUCGAUGAAAAACCACAGAAUUUUAAACUUGCUGAUGUUUGUCAACCAUCAUAUCACGAUUACUUCAGUUUAAGUAUUGUCACAACAGCUUCCUCAAUCUUGGUUAUCAUUAGUUUGAUAUUUUUGAUGAUUGCUCAAGGUGCUAAUCAUGCACAUAUUCAUAAUGAGAGAAGCCAUUAUGAAUUGACACACCAGAGUGAUCAAGAUAUUGAAGAUACAAAAAUGUAA